AUGAAGGGAUGGUGGAAAGUGAACUUUGAUGGAGCCUCGAAAGCCAAUUCGGUUCCAUCGGGGGCAGGAGUGAUAGUAAGGGAUUGGAAGGGUGAGGUCCUAGUGUUAGGAGCUCAGAAAUUGGAAGAAGACACAAAUAACUUGGUUGAAGCUUCAGCAACUUUGUUAGCAAUUAGGAUGUGUAAAUUGUUAGGUCUUCAAAAACUGCAUUUAGAGGGUGAUUCUUUAAUUAUUAUCCAGGCAUUAAUGAAGGAGGGGAUUGAGGCAUGGCAUCUGCAAGGUUGGAUUUACAAUAUCAUUGAAGAACUAAAUUUUUUUGAGGAUUUUCAAUUAAUUCAUGUGAGGUGUAUAGGGAAUGUAGAAGCUGGUAUACUUUCCAAAUGGGCUCUUACAUUUGAAGCAGUUGGUGAAUUUAGAAUGGAGGACUUUCAGAAAGUGAUUUUUGAGGACGACAUGGGAAGUGGGAAUUAA